UGAUGGCUGAAGAUCCUGGCGGAACAUUUUUCAAUUUCUCUCUCAUUUUUCUUUCUUUCUUUCUACCCCGGCUUGCCAUAGCGACAUGGCAGAACCAACAGGCCCGUUAAGCGUCCACAGAUCAUUUGUGUCGAUAUGCCCAAGAAAGGGAACCGAAAACGGCUGAAAUUUAAGGCAGGGGACGUUUGUUCGGAAUCAGUGACCGUUGCUGAUUAUGCUGAUGCCGACCCAGCCGUUGUGAAGUCAGGGAGGCUGAAAAAGGCUGUAGCAAAUGCAGUUGAAAAAGAAGUAAAAUUACUGUGCGGCCUAGAAGCAUCUCAUGGUGCUGUAGAGGAGGUCCUCUCGUCUUCACUGAGUGUCACAGCCAAUGCUUUGGACAGCAGUGAUGACCUCGAUCAUGAAGAAGAUGGAGAAAACGAAACUAAAGAGGCCAGCAAGAAGAAAAACAAGAGGAGAAAGGAAAGCAGUGAGAGCAGAGAUGGGGGGCAGUAUCCAGUGGAUAUUUGGUUAAUGCUUGCCUCCUACAUCCGCCCUGAGGAUGUGUGCAGAUUCGCUCUAAUCUGUAAGAAUGCCUGGACUGUCACUUGCACUGGAGCUUUUUGGACCAGGAUUUACAGAAGGCACUACAAGAUUAAUACUGACCUGCCGUCACGUCUCCAGCCUGACUGUGUUGACAGGAUGGGCUCUCUACGUGCGCGUGUGAUUCGCUCCCUCUUCCAUUUCUAUGAGCCGUUCAGCUUGCGUGUCUCAAAAAUUCCUGCCCUGCCAGAAUCUACGCCCACAACCUUGCUCAACUCCAAGUGUUUACUGUUCUGGGUCCGAAAGAUGUCAGGGACUCGGCCUGAGGCAUUAUGGGAGUUCAACUUCAAGUUUCUUAAGCAGCCGGGACACAGUAAGAAUGGUUGUGCCAAGUCCUUGUGCAUGCCCAGACAGUACGAAGAUGUCCACCUGAACCCAGACUCUGACUGCUACAUGCUUCAGGUCACUACCCUCAACUUCAUCUUCACCCCUGUGGUCAUGGGCAUGUCGCUGUCCCUUUUCACAAUCAAUGUUAGCACAGACAUGCGCCACCACCGUGUCCGUCUGUUGUUCCAGGACUCUCCGCUCCGGCAGGGGAAGAAGAGGGGGGAUCAGAACGGCACCCACGUGGUGUUAGAUCCUGUACAGAGUGUAAAGAUCAUGGACUGGUGGCACCCACAGUACCCCUCUUCAGCCUUUACCUAGGAGCCGUGCCCUUCAGGCAGAACGUCAAUUCAACGAGAAGUCUGCAGACAUCUUAUCUUUACUUCUGGGCCAUGGAUUAGGUUCAUUUACUUGUUUUGGGACUUUCACUUCCCAUACAAACUUUUUCAAAUUUGUUUUUAAAGACAGUUAACAGUUGAUGGCCAACGAUGGGAUGCAAACCCCAUUGCCAUUUUCAAAAUCAAACAUUAUUGCAUGCCCACCCACCACUGCAACCUCCACACUUAGCGUUUAGUGUUAAAUCAUAGUUCAUCCCACAUGUAAAUCGUGUCCUGCAGAAUUUUUUGUGAGAUUAGGCUUGUUGUAUAUAAAAUCAAAUCUGAGGAAUAUUGGCAGUACCCAUCGACUCUUUGAGCACUAAUUUUCAGAAGAAGUUUUAGGAAAACAUGACGAAGUAGGGCUGUGGAAUAUGGAAAAAACAUCCAAAAGAUAGUCUGAAAAAAAAAAUAUUUCUAAUAUCUGUUUAUAAAAGAAAAACUACCUGAGACAAGUACUAGUUUCUCAUUCAUCAGCUGAAAGAGAUCAAACUUCAAAUUACUUUGCAUUGUUAACUCAGAAUGCACUGUGACCUGAUCACAUUGAUAUUUGAUAGAUGAUUAGGUCCGAUCAGUUGCCCAGCCCUACAUAUAUGCCAGAGGAACGUGUACAUUCGAGCUACCGGUUGCAUUCAGAGAUUGACAAUCUGGCGUUAUUUUACAUUUGACAACAUGUUGCAGAUUGAACCUAUAUGUCACACAAGUUUUUUUUAUUUUUAAAUUGAAUGAAUGGGGUGAAACAUUUGUUCUGCCCUCCCUUUUUUUUAUGCUCACUCUAAAAUGUUGCCAAUAAAUAUCUUUAUUAUGAGUUUUGACAAAGUUGCAUCAAGAAAGUUGUAUUCUUUUAAGAUCCUGUGUUUUGUUGAUAUAUUUAAUUAAAGGCAGCCACACUUAGUAUUAUGUAAAUAUUAAUGACACCGUAUUUCACAGAAGGGGUCAGAGAGAUGAUUUACCUCUGAUGUUGUCAUCUACUUAUCUGCUGAUCUUUGAAAUGUUUUAAUUUCUUGUGUGUUUUUGGCAUUUUAUUUGUCUCCGUGCUGACAAUAUGAGCCAUGUACCAAGCUGUCUCUGUUGUACAAUCACGUUCUCAAAUAGUUGGAAGUGGUCUGUCUCCCGCGUGUGAGUUGAGUCAUAGCAAUCACAUUCUGGAUUUUUAUAUGCACAGAGCUUUCAUUUAUAUCAAUUUAUCCAUCAAUCAGACAUAGUUGAAGCUUUUGAACCUUGAUUGAUUUGCAUCUGUACAUAUACUGUGAACGAAGGAAUAUUAAAUUAACCAUAAACGUUUCACAAUGAUGAAACAAAAGUAGAAGAUAGCUGAAUGUUCUGGUUUGCUGCCGUUGUUUGUUUUAUCAUAUGAGUUGCAUUGAUAGAUAAACUUACUACACUGAAAUAAAAACUCAAACUGCCCAUUCAAAAUGCUUCCAGUCUUAAAUGUCAGGAAAUGGUGAUUAACAUUAAAUAUGUUUUUAGAAUUUGCUUCCCUCUUGUUGUCAUACUGGGUACUACCAGUGUGCUCUAACUAACAGAAUAAAAAAACGCUCUCCUUCA